AUGUUAAUCUGGUGGCAUGAAACGAUAAUGGCCAACAUAGCUGCCCACACGGUCAGGCACAUCCCGGCGCCAUUGGUGUGGAGUCGAACAAAGUUGGUAUUAAGCUGGGUGUUGGGGGAACAGCGUUUGUGCGUUCGUCUACGCGGCAGCAUUCAAAAGCCCUUCGAAUGCAUCACGCGUUCCAGAGGUUUGCGGGUGCUUCUGUCGAUCGGGACCGUGUCCAGUAUCUUCUGUGUGAUGGAGCGGAUCAACCCUCCAACCAAGAUUGGUGCAGAGAUUAGUCUAAUUGAAGGGACGCACGCUCAGAUGCAUAAGUCAAAAAGUCGCACUGUUCGUGCGGAAAGCAGUCAUGCCCACCAUCCCUUUUUCGGUAACUCGCUACACCGACGCACCUCCCUAGAGCGGCGUAUAAACACGGUAUGGUUGAGUGUCAACUCUCCGCGAUCAUCGGGUAGGACCCUGCCACUAGGGGUCAAGAUCUUGGACGAGCGCGUGGUGACGGUUCAAGGUAACAUCAAGCCACCAAACCUCCUCAUCGACCCUCAGACCCUGCAGGCGACCAUCAUCGAUUUUGGCGGUGUCAGCGCACUGCCGCAUUCGUUUGUCAGCUUCACACUAGCACAUUGCCGAGUUUUUGGAGUCCGUCCGAUAACUCUUUGGUGA